UUUGAAUUCUAUAAUGUUUAAUAGACAAAUGAGUGAAAAGAAGUUACUUAUAAAUAGCAUUGGAGAAACUAUUCAGGGCCUUAUGGAAAUAGAGGAAGUUGUCAGUGAUAAAAUAAUGAAAGCCAUCACUCAGCUCGAAGAGAUUUAGAAAUCAACUUAAGGAAACCCAGCUGGAUAGGGAAGACAAAUUAGAUGAUGAUCAUAUAAUUUUUGAAGCCAACUCUUCCAAAGAUGAUGGGAGUAGAUUUGAAGAAGACAAAGAACCUCAACAAGAGAAAAGCAUCGAAUUGUCUCUUGAUUUUGGUGAAGGAAAAGGACAGAGGAAAAAACAAUCUUCUAAAAGUCCAGUUAAGCAAGAAUGAGAUGGAAACUUUAUUGACUUAACUACUCCUAAAGAAUCUCCUAAAGUGAGACAAAAGCCAUCAAAUCUCUCAGAGUCCAUAGUUGAACUGUCUGAGAAAUCAUUUUACACUCAAAAUGACUGAACUCCACUUAGAAUUGAUCUGAAUGAAGACAACAGAGUUAUCCGUAGAAGAGGCUAUUCUAAUAUAUUAAGGAAUCAGCAUCCUUCAACAUGGUCUAGCAUCUCAGAAAUCAGUGAGAUUGGAAGUCACAAUCUUUCAAGAGAUUUAGAAGCCAUUUGCAGCCAGCUCAAUCCAGAGAUGGUUCAAUUUGAUAACAGAAGCAAGGAUGCAACUUUGUCAUUGAGAGAUGGGACAUCAAUUCCCAUCAGAAGCAGGCUCACUUAUCAGCUUGGCUCAGAUUCAGACCAAGGCAUUUCAAACUUGACUAAAAUUUUGCAAGAUGAGGUGUCAAAUAGUUUCAGUCAGGAAAACCCUGAGGUCGACUCUUCACAAAAGUGUCAGAAGGAAACUCCUCAAAAGCUUCAAGCAUCCACUGUUGAACCCCCAGCAAUGGUGCUUGAAGAAGAGAAAGACAAUUGAAAUGAGGAAAUAAAGAUAGAUCCCAACCUGAUCCAAGCUCUGAUGAGACAAAGGAAACCUUCUGCUCCAAGAAGAAAAUAAGAGGGUCAAGACUUCCUCUCAAAGUGAACAAUCUGUCAUCAAAGAGGAGAAGAAUAAGGUAUCUCCCUCCCAAGCCACUGAUGCAAGAAAGAAGCUCAGACCUAAGAGUAUUUUGAAAUAAGCCAGAUAAUUUUUCAGAUUCUCAGUUUAAAGAUGUUAAGAGAGCUGAGAAAUCCAGGAGGAAUAAAAUAAGAUUUGACGAAGAGUCUGAAGUUACCUACAGAUAUAACAAAGGGGAGAGCCUAAAGAGAUAUCAAGUCAGAAAGAGAAACCAUAUCUGCUAUUGCAGUUUGAAUAAAUAGGGAAGAGAAACUCCUUGAAAAAUUCAGUUCUUCAUUCAAAUACAAGAUAUCCAAGGAAUAUGACUCCAAUAAAACAGAUUACUUGAUUGUUCAAGACACUAUUCUAAAGAAGAAAUCUGUCACCCCAAAGUUUUACAGUGCCCUUUGUGAUAACGUUCCAAUUAUUCAGUUCAAGUGGAUUUCUAAGUGUAUGAGAGAAAUGAAAAGAGUGCCUUAUGGGCAGUACAAGCUGUUUCCUCACCCAAGAAAGUCUCAAGCUAUGUUAAACCACUUGAUAGCAUCAAAUCCAGAUUUGCCAAAUCCGUUCACAAUGAAUGGGUCAGAUAAUUAAUAAAGUUCAAUUAGUUGGAGUGA